AGUCGUGGACAUUGGCAUCGUAGUUCAUGUGCACGGUUGUGCAGAGGGCGCCUCACACUGGGCUCGGCUAAAAGCGACCCGUGACCUCUCUUCUUCUUUCUGAUCCAACCAUCACUGGUUCUUGGCAUAUUGGCAGUCCAUAUUUAUAAGGUUUAUGGUUUAGCAUUAUCGUAGAGGUUAUAUAUACAAAAAAUUGAUGAAGUUGUGUUUCCUAUUUGCAGUGAGAUAUUAUUUUUCUUGUCGAAUGCCUUAUUAUGCAGUUGCCAGAGGUCGUAAACCGGGUAUUUAUGCUACCUGGGAUGAAUGCAAGUCCCAAGUUAAUAAGUUUCUAGGGGCAAGAUACAAAAAAUUUUCAACCGAAAAUGAAGCACAAAACUUUAUAAAAGAGCAUUCUUUCUUGGCCACACAGAUAAAUUCCACUGAAGCAGAAUCUGCCAAAUCCAUUGAAUUACAAUCUUUACCAAACCAACCAUUUUUAUUUGGAAGAAAAACUGCAGUUGUAAAAAAAAAUGUAUUAUUGCCACUGUCAUCUUCAAAAAGGAUAUUAUCAACAACAAAGUUAACAAAUGACAAUGAUGAAUCUUCUGUAUGUUCAAGUAAAAGAAGAAAAAUUGAAAGCUCUUUAUUUAAUUUGUUGUCUAAACAGGAUGACAUCACAGAUAGAGAGGGCAUUAAUAAAGUGGACUUUAUCACAGAUAAAGAUGGCUAUGUGAAUGUCUUCACUGAUGGUGCAUGUAGCUCUAAUGGCUACAAAAAUGCACGAGCUGGUAUUGGUGUUUGGUUUCAAGAUCAUCAUCCAUUAAAUGUAUCACAACCAGUAGAAGGACGACCCACUAACAACAUGGCAGAAAUACAAGCAGUUACAGUAGCUGCUAGACAAGCAAAGAAAGCUGGAAUAAAAAAGUUGAGGAUUAACACUGACUCUAAAUUCCUUAUUUUGUAUAUCACGGAGUGGAUGCCGAACUUUAACUUUCCAAAAUCAUUAGUUCAUUAUUUUAUCUUUGUUAAAGAAUAACAAAUUUCUAAAGUUAUUAGGAAUAAUCUCUGUGCUUGUGUUACCCAGGAUCAACAUGAUAGGUAAUAUGUAUUCUCUAUAGAAAAACAAGGGAAUUCAUAUUAAAAGCGAAUCAUAUAAGGAAUUAAAUAUCCAUCAUAUCAUGUCAUUACUUCUAGAUAGUAUUAAGUAGAGGUUACUAUACAGGGUGUCGCAUUUUAAUGUCUCACCCCAAGUAACUCUUCAGUAUUGAGGUUUCAA